AGAAUUAAGCACCAGGAUUUUCGAGGCGGACGAAGCUGACCGUAACGUCAUGGCCUCGGCGGGCCUCCAGCUCCUUGCUUUGGUCUUGGCCUUAUGUGGGGUCUUUGGAGUGCUCGCGGCCACCUUGCUGCCCAACUGGAAGGUGAACGUGGAUGCAGGCUCCAACAUCAUCACAGCCAUCGUGCAGCUGCAAGGGCUGUGGAUGGACUGCACGUGGUACAGCACCGGGAUGUUCAGCUGCGCCCUGAAGCCCUCCAUUCUGUCCCUCCCCGCCCACGUGCAGGCUGCGCGGGCCACCAUGGUCCUGGCCUGCGUUCUGUCUGCUCUGGGGACCUGCACUGCCACAGUGGGGAUGGAAUGUACUCGCUUAGGAGGGGACACAAAAACCAAGAGCCACGCCUCUUUCGCGGGAGGACUCUGCCUCGUGUCCGCAGGGGUCUCUGGUUUCAUACCGAUGGUGUGGUACACGAAGGAGAUCAUAGCAAACUUUCUGGAUCUGACAGUUCCAGAAAGCAACAAACACGAACCGGGAGGAGCCGUCUACAUCGGAUUCAUCUCGGCCAUGCUGCUGUUUACCUCUGGCAUGAUUUUCUGCACUUCCUGCAUAAAAAAGAAUGCAGAAGCUUGGCUCCACCCACCCAAGCAGCAGCCUAUCCCCACUACAAAGCCGGAGGGCAAUUCAGCAUACACUCUGAAGGAUUACGUGUAAA